AUGCAGUGGCCCCCGGCCCCUGGCGCCUCUCGGUGUCUGGGCUGGGCUUCCUCGCUGGCCUGCUCAGCGGCCACGACGCUCCUCGUCCGCGCCGGCUGGGCCCCCCUCAUGGCGGCCAAGUGGUUCAAGGAGUUCCCCCUGAACUUGAAGACCGUGUCGGAGCGGGCCAAGCCCGGCGGCGGGGGAGGUGGCAAACUGCGCAAGAACUCCGAGACGGGCGGCGCGGGGCCCACCCCCGGCAAGGGCCGCAAGAACUCCGCGGCAGAGCUGGGGAGCAGCAGGGCCGGCGUCGGCGCCCCCAAGGACAGCCGGCUGUCCCGGGACAGCCUGCAGGGUCUGAUCCAGGCUGCCGCGGGCAAGGGACGCAAGAACUCCCGGGCGACCGAGGAGGAGCCCCACCGGGGCGCAGCCAAGAUCUCGGGCUGCAGCACCUACAUCAACAGGCUCAUCAAGGUGGACACGCAGGAGAAGAACGGGAAGAACAAUUACCCCAGCAACAGCAGCAGCAGCAGUAACAGCAGCAGCAGCGGUAGCAGCAGCAGCAGCAGCAGCUGCUCCUCGGCAUCUUCUUCCCCGUCCUCCCUGGGCCCUGAGCUGGACAAGGGCAAGGUGAUUAAGCAGCAGGACACGGUCAUCAUCCUGGAAGACUAUGCUGACCCUUACGAUGCGAAACGGACAAAAGGUCAACGGGAUGCAGAGAGAGUGGGAGAGAAUGAUGGUUACAUGGAGCCCUAUGAUGCCCAACAAAUGAUAACAGAGAUCCGGCGGCGAGGUUCCAAAGACCCCUUGGUGAAGGCCCUCCAGCUGCUCGACGGUCCCUGCGAGUCAGGGGAGAAUGGCAUGAAGUCAGACACACUGGCCAAGAGACGGAGUUCCAAGGACCUGCUGGGGAAGCCCCCCCAGCUGUAUGACACACCCUAUGAGCCAGCAGAGGGAGGCCCCAGGGCCGAGGGGAAGGCCUGGCCCCCCGAGGGACACAGCCGACUGCCUGAGAAUGAUGAGCGGCCAGCGGCCGAGUAUGAGCAGCCCUGGGAGUGGAAAAAGGAGCAGAUUGUGCGAGCUCUGUCAGUUCAGUUUGAAGGCACUGAGCGUCCUGCCAUCAAGGAGGAGACGGUGAGGCAGCACCACCGGCAGAAGAGCUGGACCCAGAAGAUCUUGAAGCCAGCGCUUGCUGACCAUGCUGAUGGGGAGAGAGUGGACCCGGCCCUGCCCCUGGAAAAGCAGCCUUGGUACCAUGGUGCCAUCACCCGUGCUGAGGCGGAGAGUCGACUGCAGCCUUGCAAAGAAGCCGGUUACCUGGUUAGAAAUAGUGAGUCGGGGAACAGCAGGUACUCCAUUGCACUCAAAACUAGUCAAGGAUGUGUCCACAUCAUUGUGGCUCAGACCAAAGACAACAAGUACACACUGAACCAGCCCAGCGCUGUGUUUGACAGCAUCCCUGAAGUGGUACACUACUACUCCAACGAAAAGCUGCCCUUCAAGGGGGCAGAACACAUGACCUUGCUCUACCCUGUGCACAGCAAGCUGCACUAAGGUUCAGCCACUGAACCCCCGGUCAUGCCUCUCACACCUAAGAGAGGACAUCAGCACCCAACCAGCAGCUCAGGACAAGGCUGGACUGCACCAGAAUAAUUGGUAGGAAGUGAGAGACUUCAUUUACAAGUCAGAAGUCUUUGACCUAGAAUCCACUGCAUGAUACCCGGUUACUCACCUGUUUCCUCUUUGCUACGAUAAGAAACCAUGAUAUCCCCGUUGCCUUCACUCUUUGGAGAAGAGUGGGCUCUUGAAGGUGUGACCCUCAGGACAGGUAAGUCAGGAGCUCAGGAAAAUUAGGUUGUCUAGAAAUGUGCUCAUCUUUGAUCUGGAGUCUCUGGUCUUCAAAUAAGCCACCCCAAGCAAUGACUUUUAAAGAAGAUGACAAAAAUGAUGAUGUGGGCCAGAAGAGCAUUUGAUAGUGGACCCCUUUCUGGGGAAAAGGAUGAGCAGUAGGAAAUAAAGAGCAGUGAACACCUUUUAAGGUCCUAAUUCAGCACCAAAGUCCAUGAAAUUCCUAACUUAACGUCUGACAAAAGGAAUGUUUUGUCCAUCAGCCUUCUAAGGAAGUUUGUAUUUUCUGAAUCUCCAGAAACUUUUUCAUCAUUUUUCAGCAAAUCAGUAAAAGAACAUAAAUAGGAAUGAAGUACCCCUGAUUUAAGAAUCACCCAUAUAAUUGAUAUUGGCAUUAUUAUUAUUAUAACUCUGAGUUAUAGGAUAAAAUACAUAACACAUUUCAUUUCUGACUUUUAAAAAAUCUGAAAAUCUGCAAAGCUCGAUACUGAUAAAAACUGUUUCCUUAUUGGAUAACUAUACAGAAAUUCAGACAUCCUUUGUUUCAUCUUUAGUUUUAGUUGGUAUGGAAACAUUUUUCAUUUCUGUCCCUCAAAUGAAAUUUGCUUUGUACUUUUAGAGUAAAUUAAAAGGUGUGUGUGUGUGUAUAGAUAGAUAGGGAGGUAGAUCUGGUGGUGUGAACUGGGUCACUGAAGUCUGCAGGGUCUCUCAUGUUCUACAGAGCAGGCGGGUUCCCACUGUAUAAAAAUAUUUUUAACAAUUUUGAGGUUUUCUCUAACUACUUUUGCUUAAGAUAUUAAAUUAAUAUUCAUAGUAUUAUCUUUAUGACUUAUUGUGAACUUAUAUUGCCAAUUUUCUUACUGUGAAAAAAACAAAAAGACAGAACUUGGGAAUGGCGUGCUGCGAGAAGCCUCUCCGUGAGGGGCGCCAGUCAGCCCAGCAGCGGUGUUUCUAGUCACCGUUUGGAAUUUGGUUCUCAAACUGGUCUGGAUGCAGGUGUGUUGUCAGCAAUGAAAUGUAAACUUUUGUAGCUUCUUUUACCUACACAAAGAAUCUUGAUUUGAUUGAUUUUUUUAAAGCCAGUAUACCUUUAUAUUAUUAGUUAUCAUUUUACUGUUAUAAUUUAGCCGUUAAUAAACAUUUGCUUUUUUAUUUAGUUGAGGUCUUAACCGAAGGGUUUUAUGACCUUUGAUUUAAAAAAAUUGAGAGGAAGAAGCAACUUCUCACUGAGUCUCAAUGAUUUUAUUACUAAAGAGUGUUCUGUUUAAGUACUGAUUGAACUUAUUUAAUGUGUACUGGUUCAUGUGCUAUA